AUGCCCACCAACAGCAAAGUCCUGGAGCCGCGGAGUUUUGUGAUGAUCAAAGCUUUGCCCUUCCCUCCGACCAAAGGCCUGAAGGUGAAAGCCCGGAGCCUGACCGUCUACAGCCCCAGCGAGCCCAGCCGGCAGCAGGUUUUCCAUGAGAACUACAGCAGGAGGCAGGAUCAGCUGAGCCGGCAGGGUUACCGCUCGGUUUCCUGGAAACCCUACCAGGCAAUCGGCCAGCCCCUUCACCUGGAGCCGAGGCAACUCAUCCUGCAUUCACUGGGGCAGCUCGACCAGAGUGUAAAUGAAGAGCCUAACAGCACUGCAAAGGAGAAUCCAGAAGAAGCAAAAUGCAUUAGCCCCCCAAAGACGUCAAAGGAGAAUAAGAUGUUCACUGCGAAGUUGCUGCAUCUGAAGUACAAGGAGAAAGACCUGAAGACCAUUCGUAAGGAUCUGUCCCAUACCAGGCAGUUGGUAAACACAGCUAAACGAGGACAAGGUUUCUUCAAGCGGUUGAAGAGAGAGGAAGAGGAAAAACAAAAUGUGCUGCUGAUGGAACAAAAGAAACUAAUGGAGAAACGCAGCAAAGAAUGGCAACCUCCCAAGUACUCUUCAGAUGAGGAAUCUGAGGAAGAACAACAUGAAGUGAAGGGGAUUUUUGUAACAGAACCAAUCUUCUCACCACGGUCAAAUGCACUAAAAGUCAACCCCCGAAGGACUUCCAGUAAAAGAAAGAUUCCAGAUGCGCGACCUUACACCCCAGUACAUUGUAGCCUUGUGUCAACCAGAUUGACGGAAAAGGACAUGGAACCACUCUUCCGACAACUUUGUGCCUUGACCUGGCUACUUGAGACUGUAACUGUAGAACCGCCAAGCACAAUGGGCACUGUUACAACCUGCUGGAGUGCCAGAGAUCCAGGUGGAAUGAAAAAUACACCCAGGAAAAUCAAUAAAGAUAAGUCCAUAGAAACAAGGUGGGAACAGUUCGUAACACAGCCCAAGUUCAAAAAGCUUUCUCCUCGGAUUCUGCGCAGGACGUCGUUACGACCCAGAAGGACCUCUCUUGCAACUGUAUCACAUGCCAGUGAUGCAACGCCCAUCCUCGGCAGUGCCUCGUCAGUGAUCACUGCUUCUGAUGACCUGGGGGCGGGGACUCCAGCUCCAAUUUUAGAGUCAGUUUCUGAGGCUGAGGACAACGACUCAACUGCAAGCAGCUCAAUCACCCAAAGUAAACAGGAGCAAGAAGGAGAGGAGCCGGUGUCUGACUAUCUUCAAAAACUGCUCGACACUGUGUACCAGAGCAUAAGCAAGGAGCUUCACGGUGAAGAUGGAAAUCCAGGCAACCAUGAGGAAAGUCCAGCAGCAGCCCUGAGUAAUGAGAAAAGAAACAUCAUGACCAAUUCCAGCACAGAACAAUGGACUGACCUCAAUAAACCACAGGAUAGGCCAAAAAGCUCACCUUUAGACCUUGCUUCAGAAACCAGUCUGUUUGUUGCCAGCAAAUCCUCUCUCCCUCUGGAGAUGCAGUCAAAGUUCAUCGAGGUAAAUGAGGAAGCAGCUUUGUGUCUCCAUGACAACCUGGAAGCCUUGGAGAAGAAACGCUGGGAGAUUAGCAAGUGCAAAUUCCGUGCCCUUGACAGUGUAGUCAGCUUUUAUACAUUCAACGAGGAUAUGCAGAGAUCACUUCAGGAAUCUAAAGGAGAUAAAAUACAAACGAAUACAGAGACCUGGUAUUCCAGCCUAUUAUGUCGAAUUCCUGAGACUGUUAAAACAAACCAAAAGAUCGACCGAAUCCUGAAAAGAUUGAGAAGGUUUGGAGAGCGGCAGAGUUUCCGAGUUCGGCCACAUCAGUUCCUCAAGGUGCUCAAUGGACUGCGAACCUGGGAGUUGUGUUCUCCAGAUAUCAGUGCAGCUAUUGAGUUUAUGCGGGACAAGGUAGUUCAGAUGCCUGCAGCUGACUAUGACAACUGGUUACAACUAAAGUUAGAUUUGCCGAAGAGGAUACAGAGUGCGCCACCCCUCAGGUGAAAAUUACACCGAAGGAGGAUGGAAAACAUUGUUGCAGUCGUGAUGCCCACGGAACUUUUGAGAAGUUAUUUCUAAAGUCUUUUUAGGCUAAAUGUAAAUGGACUUUAAUUUCUUUUGUACAAUAUUAAAGGACAUUUUUCUGUCUGUUAUAUUAAACUGAUCCAGCCAAACAAUAAUACCAAAGGAGUUCUUCACAAGUGUUACUCAGUUUGUAAUUUCUACUAAGGGGCCUCAUCCCCAUGCUGCUAGGAUGAACCCAGGGGCAGGCAAGGGGGCUCGCUGUGUGGAGAGCACAACUGGCAAACCCUGGAAAU